AUGCCGCGGCGCCGGCUGGACGAGCUCGAGGCUCUAGAGGCGGAGGCCGCGCUCGAACAGCUGGUGGACAGCAUACGGGAGCGCGUGAUGCGCGAGCUCGGCCUAACCAGCAUGCCAGUCAGGAAUGUCACGGAUGCCGAAAUGGAGGAAGUUAUGAGGGAAUACAACCGAUUACAAGCUGAGCAGCGGCGAAAAGAGGAGUACGACGAGGAUGUCGACGAAGUGACAUAUUUUGGAUCUUCUCACAACAUAGUCGACGAAGGCUGGUACCGCAGUCGCACGAGGCGCAGUGCCGAGCUCCGCACGCGGACCCGGUCCGGUAUCAGCGUCUAUUUCCCGCUGGAGGAGGCCGGCCUGGGCGCUCAGGAGGUGACGACGAGCGGCGCGCUCGGUCUAUACCUGGAGCGCACGGGCGGCAGCGGGCCGCGCCCCGUCCAGCUCACCGUCGGCGCCGGCGACCGUGAGCGCGCACCGCGGCUGACGCUCCGCACGCGCACUGAGCGGCGCACAAAGCGAGCCGCUAACCCGUUCAAGCGGCCGCGGCGCGACGGCCCGCUCGACUGCGCCGAAGGGUCGCGCAAGAGGUGCUGCCGCCAUGAGAUGGAGGUCAACCUGACGGAGCUCGGCGGCUUCGACUUCAUCCUGUAUCCGGAGAAAUUCAGCGCCUUCUACUGUCGAGGCCACUGCCCGCCCUCCUAUAACGUGGCGACCGAUCACGCGCUGCUACAGGGCUUCGUUCACCAGAAGCGGAAGCGGAGGUCGGGCGGCGGUCGGCGCGUGCCGCGGACCUGCUGUGUGCCCAGCAAACUCAGCCCGAUACUCAUCGCGCACAAGACCGUGGACGGAUCGCCGCAGCUCACCUACUGGGAGAACGUGGUGGCCGACGAGUGCAAGUGCUCAUAG